GGAAAAUAUGGAGGAUUCCAACUACACGAAGUCAACUGGGCACCAUAUGAUUCUCCGCUGGGUGAACAAUAAGCUUUUUACAACGAAGAAACUCUUCAUGGUCGAUGUGGAUCCAGAAGAUACCUUUUACCCUAGAAAAAGUUACAUUUGCCAAUUUCCCAGAGCUAGUGAAUGUCACAUACAUAGCGUAGAGGAACAACACGCCCGCGAGCUCAUCGCCGGGAAGGACGAACCAUACAUCAUGGGGUACUUUGAAAGCCGUGAACUUGAUGUAGUUAGCAACAUCUUGCAAUUCAACUACACAGAUGCAUUAAAAUUCUGUCAGGACAGAGAUAUGAAUUUGCUGGACAUGAGGAUAACGGCAGCUAAUGCAGAGGAGUUGUUCGAACAAUUCAAUAACUUUGGAGGUAAUUUCGAUAUAAUUUGUAAUGUUGAACCCAGACUGAAUUUUUGUUACCUUUUACAGGUGGGAUGUCAGGAUUUUGGAUAGAUUCUAAUGAUUUGUUUCGCCAUGACCCAGAUUUUGUGUGGCCAUCUCCACAAUAUUUGUCUCAAUUUCCUCGCACUCCUCACCACCACCAUCACAAUCUCUCUGUCUCACCACCACUUACGUAUUUUUAUCCACUCCAACACUUUGAGACGGACAUACUCCACAAAUUAUUGUUAUUCCUCCCCACAAUUCCCACCGGAACUCGGACCACUUUCCAAACAUGGGACGACACCCUUACUCACUCCCUCGAGACCGUCGUGUUGUUCUUAUUUUGACACCCAAUUUCCGCCGUGAUUUUCUAUUUU